AUGCCUCUGCCAAACAAGUUGGCUUCGUCGCCAGCCUUUCACUCUCUCGUCGGCGCCCACUCGUUCCUUCUCGGCCAGGCAGCAUGGCACUACAGGCCCUCCUUUCUCCACUCCCCACAGCAAGCCCGAUCACUGUCAGCUACACCUUUACUGUACGAGCAACAAGCGCAAAAUGCCCAGUCGUCCAAGGAGCCACCGGCCUCGUCUCCCGAAUUCCAGCGGAGCUCAAGUACCACGUCAAGCACAUCCUCAACGACACCCAAGCAAGAGCAAGCGAAGACUGCUGUGAGGAAACAGAGCGCCAGCGGAGUCGAUGGGCUAGAGCACAGUCCAAAUCAGAGCCUACCACCAGGCUGGGAAGAGCGCGCCGACUACGACAUUCAGAAAUUCUCAGAUCUGCCGCACAGGUUCUUCGGGUACAACCAGCACAUAAAGGUGAACGAGGACUUCAAAGAGUCGUUGCGGCAAGUGCUGUGGCAGUUUCGCGCACCGAUACGGUACGCCUUUGCGUACGGGUCUGGCGUGUUCGGGCAGAAGUCAUCCACUGGCAGCACUGGCAGCGAGUUCAGCCCACACCCCAAUCCCCCCAAAGCCGUCGAGGAAUGGCAGAAGGGCGGCGCGAAGAUCAUUGACUUCAUAUUCGGUGUCAGCCACACCCAGCAUUGGCAUAGCCUGAACCUCCAACAACAUCCCGAGCAUUACUCCGGGUUGAAGAACUUACCGUACAGCUCUGCCGUUGUGUCAUGGAUGCAGGACCGCUGGGGCGCAGGUCUGUACUAUAACCCUUACAUUACCGUCAAUGGAAUCAUGAUCAAGUAUGGAGUUGUGAACCUGGAUACAUUGGCUCGGGAUCUGACAGACUGGGACACAUUAUACCUCGCAGGUCGUCUGCAGAAGCCUGUCAAGAUUUUGCGAGACGAUCCUCGGAUACGUCUUUCCAACCAGGUCAAUCUAGUAUCGGCGCUACGCACCGCCCUGCUCAUGCUUCCUGAGAAGUUCUCCGAACGACAGCUGUACGAACGGAUUACGGGCUUGUCAUAUCUUGGUGACCCCCGGAUGCACUCACUUGUUGCAUCGGAGGCUCCCAGCAAAGUCUCAAACAUUGUUGGGGCGCAGCUGCCAGGUUUCCGACAACUGUAUGUUCCACUCAUCGAGAAUCUGCCGAACGUGAAUUUCACAGACCCAAGAACGCCCAAGGAGCCUGGCUGGGAGAAAGAAGAUGCCAUCAGACACACGGGCACGAUCACUAAGCUCGAGGACAAUGCCCUUGGCGGCGAGGAAGGGUUGAGCUUGUCCCAGGACCUGGAUCCCGUGAAGCGAGGUAACAUGGUUCGUCGCUUACCGAAGGCUUUCCGGAAGAAACUCUAUUACCACUACAAAGGCAAGUUCCAGAUCCCGGGUAGCGCAUUCGACAACAUCCUCGAGGAGACCAAAGAUGACGACCCACAAGGCUUCAAGCGAAGAGAAGGUAGGGACUUUGAGAGGCGCAUUUCUGAGCAGGAUGAUCUCCCGCAGGUUAUGGCGAAGUGUGUACAGGGCACUGUGAGCUGGCCUUCGACGAUGCAAACUAUCAAGGGUGCCUUCACCGCUGGUAUCACCCGAUCUGUGAAGUAUGUGUCAGAGAAGAGGAGCAAGGGACAGCAGAAGGCCAAGAGCUCUCCUGAGAAGGCUGAGGGGGCUUCCAAGCAGGAGGCGAAGGAAGCUAAGACGAAGGAAGAGGAGGUUGACAAGGAAGAGGAAAUAGGACAAGGGAAAGGCGCCUAA